AUGGAAGACCAGCAAGAAAGACUUUUGGGUGAAACCCCUGUUGUCCAGCCUGAAGCCACUAUGUUUAAGGAACCUUCUAUCCUAGAAACCCCUGAAGAUGUCAGCAACAGAAGGAACCAGGUUCUCGAUAGGUACGCUGCUUUCAAGGAGGCAACGGACGAGCGUCGACGCCGUUUAGAAGACGCCAAAAGGUAUCAGUAUUUUAAGCGGGAUGCCGACGAGCUUGAGAACUGGAUCCAGGAAAAGUUACAAACAUAUAGCAAUGAGGACUUUAAGGAUCUUACCAACCUUCAAAGUAAAAAGCAGAAACAUCAGGCCCUUGAGUUAGAAGUCUGUGCUCAUUUGGAAACUCUCAAUGCACUUGAUGCCAGUGGUGAGGAAAUGAUUUCGCAGCAACACUAUGCAUCGGAAAUCAUCCGAGGUAUUUUGGAUGAACUGCAUGCACUUUGGGAAAAACUCAUGGCCAUGUUUAAACAGAAGUCACGGCUUCUUAACUUAACUCUUGAAUACGUUCAAUACCUUCGUCGGGUUGAUGAAAUUCUCUUCUGGAUCCGAGAAAAGGAAACAUUUGUGACGUCAGAAGAGUUCGGUCAAGAUUUGGAACAUGUUGAGGCCCUACAGAAGAAAUAUGAUGAGUUCAUGAAGGAUCUGGAGUACCAAGAAGGUCGGGCAGUGGAAAUCUAUGCGAAAGCCGAUGAAUUGUUAAAAGAGGAGUUCCCUGAGGAGGCGGUGGUUAUGGAGAAAAAAACUGAAGUUCGUGAGGCCCUUGAGCGUCUUAAGGACCUCGCACGCAAACGCCAGAAUAAGCUCUACGAAGCUCACGAAAUCCAGCGUUUCUUCCGUGAAACCGAUAAGGCCAUUUCAUGGUUGAACGAGAAAUCCAUCCCACUUUCGAUCGAUGACUGUGGUCGUGAUCUCGUAUCUGUUCAGGCGCUGCAGCGCAAACACGAUGCCCUUGAGCGCGAUUUGACCACUCUUGAGGAAAAGGUGUCGCAGCUUGGUGUUGAUGCUGACGCGCUAUCUGAAAAGCAUCCUGACUCUAAAGACACCAUCCAGGAAAAACGCAACACUCUUAAUACCGCCUGGCAAAACCUCAAGGCCCAAGCUUGUGAUAGGCGCGCAAAACUAGAGGAAUCCUUCUUGCUUCACCGUUUCCUAGCGGAUUGGCGAGAUUUAACUUUGUGGAUUGCUGACACGAAGGCUAUUAUUUCGGCCGACGAGCUGGCCAAAGACGUCGCUGGUGCCGAAGCUCAGGUUGAACGCCACAAUGAACACAAGGGUGAAAUUGAGUCGCGUGAAGACGCCUAUAAGUCCUGCAUGGAAGAGGGCCAGCGCCUUGUUGAUAUGGGUCAUCCAACGAGCGCCGAUGUUGUUCAGAAAAUGAACACCCUCCAAAAGGAGCGUGACUCCCUUCUCGAACUCUGGGAGUCCAGACGCGUUCAAUUUGAGCAAUGUAUGGAUUUGAUGCUCUUCUUCCGUGAUGCUGAACAGGCUGAAGCAUGGAUUGCCAAGCAGGAGGCCUUUCUUGAGAACAAGGACGUUGGAGACUCCCUUGACGCUGCAGAGGCCCUAAUGCGCAAGCAGGAGGACUUUGAAAAGUCUCUCACGGCUCAGGAGGAAAAAAUCAAGAAUUUGGAGGCGUUUGCCGAUAAGUUGAUUGCUAGUAAUCACUAUGCCUCGCCUGAAGUUGCAGAUCGUCGCGAGUCCCUCCUUCGCCGCAGAACUGCGCUCCAGGAAAAGGCGGCUCUGCGUCACCAGCAGCUCGUCGACUCCCACCGCUACCAAAUGUUUGACCGCGACGCUGAUGAGAUGAAGGCUUGGAUUGUGGAGAAACUUAAAACUGCCACUGACGAGAACUACAAGGAUCCCACCAAUUUGCAGACAAAGGUCCAGAAGCACCACAACUUUGAAUCCGAGAUCAACGCCAACCGCUCUCGCAUGGACGAGGUGAAGAAAAUGGGCACUGAUCUUAUUGACGCCCACCACUGCAAAUCAGACGAUAUACAAGCACGAAUUAAUGAACUGGAUGAGAUUUGGCUUCAGUUAUUGGACGCUAUGUCUAAGAAGGGCAAGAACUUGGAGCAAGCUAAUAACCAACAACAGUUCGUUCGGAACGUUGAAGACGUUGAACUUUGGCUGUCCGAGGUCGAGGCGCAGCUCGCUUCCGAUGACCAUGGAAGGGACUUGAACAACGUGAUCAACAUUCAGAAGAAACACAAUCUCCUUGAGUCAGAUGUGCAAUCGCACCGUGAUCGUAUUAGUGCUUUCCGCGAUCAAGUAGAGAAGUUCAAGGCAGAAGGUCACUAUGACGCGCCUAUUCUGGAACAGAAGCAGCAACAGGUGAUGGCUCGUUACGAUGCUCUUGCCGAGCCGUUGAAGAAUAAGCGGGCUCGUUUGGAUGACGCCUACAGGCUGCAUCAGUUUUACCGCGACGUAGAAGAUGAGGAGGACUGGAUCCGAGAGAAGGAACCAGUCGCCGCUUCUAGCAAUGUUGGCCGCGACCUGAUAGGUGUGCAGAAUCUGAUAAAAAAACAUCAGGCAGUAAUGGCUGAGAUAGCAGGACAUGAGCCUCGCAUCGUAGAUGUUUGCCAAACUGGUGAGAACAUGGCCAACCAGGGGCACUUCGCUUCUGACGAGAUCAAAGCGCGCAUCGCUGGUCUUAAUGCCGCUUGGGAGGCUCUGCGUCAAAAGUCGGACAACCGACGCAAACUCCUUGAUGACUCACUGCAGGCCCAGCAGUACUUUGCGGAUGCAAAUGAAGCCGAAAGUUGGAUGCACGAAAAGGAGCCGUUGGUUGAUUCCAAGGAACUCGGCCGUGACGAGGACUCUACUGAGGCUCUGCUCAAGAAGCACGAUGCCCUCAUGGCCGAUAUCGAGGCGUACGGAUCGACUAUUGAGAGUUUGGGCAAGCAGGCGGCCGAGUGCAAUAUGCAGGAAGUCCCAGUUGGCGAUUUGAUGGGCAAGGAACUGGUCGUUGCCCUCUACGACUAUCAGGAGAAGGCGCCUCGUGACGUCUCCAUGCGCAAAGGCGAAAUUCUUACCCUUCUAAACAGUUCUAGCAAGGACUGGUGGAAAGUGGAGAUCAAUGACCGCCAGGGCUUUGUCCCCGCAGCAUACCUCAAAAAGAUUGACGCUCCAUUCACUGAUAGCCAGUCACACUUGCUUGAUCAACCCCUCACUGUUGCUCUACAGCAGCGGCGUCUUGAAGAGCAGUACAACAAUCUGCUCAAACUCGGACGCGACCGCCGUGAACGACUUCAGAGUUCCGUUCAGGCCUACCAGCUUGUCCGCGAGGCUAACGAUCUCCACCAGUGGGUUGUUGAAAAGGAAAUCUUCGCCCUCACCGAAACCAUCGUUCCUGUUGGUCUGGAAGAAGUGGAAUGCGAGAGGAAGCGUGUGGAUAACUUGAUGGCGGAACAGAAGGACCGCAAAGCGCGGGUUCAGGAGCUCUGUGAUAAGGCAGAGGGUCUCAAACGCGGUGCUCCGACGGAGGCUGUGGAGAAAAUUGAGGGUAUCAUAAUGCAGUUGCAGAAGAAUUACGAGCAGCUCGAGGAGGUGACUACAAAGAAGGUUAAGAACUUGGACGACAUCAACGCGGUGCAGCGCUACCACCGUGACUGCGAUGAGGCCAAGGAAUGGAUUGAAGAAAAGGACCUCCGACUGGCCACCGAUGAUGUCGGCAAGGACCUCACUUCUGUGCAGCGCCUCAUCCGAAAGCACGAUGCCCUCGAGCGUGAUCUAGUUGCCCUUGGUGACCGCGUGAAGCAACUCGACGUGAAGGCUGCCGACCUGGCUCAGACGCAUCCUCAGGAGGCCGAAGGCAUCUGCCAACACCAGGAGCAGAUCAACCAAGCCUGGAACGACCUCACUGCCAAGGCCGAGGCUCGUAAAGCCAAGUUGUUGGACUCGCUGGAUUUGCAAAAGUUCCUUGCUGAUGGACGCGACCUUCAAUCAUGGAUGAAUACAAUGAAUGCUCUCGUCACCUCAAAUGACCUUGCAACCGACGUAACUGGUGCCGAGGCCCUAAUCGAACGUCAUCAGGAACAUCGUGCAGAAAUCGAUGCCCGUGCCAGUACCUUCGACAACUUCGACGCUUUCGGCCACGAGCUGUUGGAGAACAAGCAUUAUGCUAGUCCGGAAAUUGAGGAGCGCAUCGAAGCUACCCGGGUGGCCAGAGACAACCUUCUCAAAGCCUGGCAGGAUCGGGAGAAGGCCUUGGACCAGAACCUGAAGCAGCAGCAAUUCCUCCGCGAUUGUGAACAAGCCGAGGACUGGAUGAGCAUGCGUGAGUCCUCCCUUGUGGGCACCAGCGGGGACGACGUCGACAAGGUGGACGCCCUAAUUAAAAAGCACGAGAACUUCAAUCGUGCAAUCAACGCACAGGAGGCCAAGAUCCAGGCCCUUGACGCCUCUGCUAACGCGCUUCUCGCCGAGGGCCACUACGACGCCGAUGGCAUUGAGGCGAAGCGCGCCGAAGUCCUCGGUCGGUGGGCGAAGCUCAAGCAGGACAUGAUUGAGAACAGGAGUCGUCUUGGCGACGUCCAGACGCUGCAGGCCUUCCUCCGCGAUGCCGACGAAAUGGAGAUUUGGAUCAACGAGAAGUUGCAGGCCACCACUGACGAGUCCUACAAAGAUCCCACAAUCAAUGUUCAAGCCAAGCACCAGAAACACCAAGCAUUCCAAGCUGAAUUGGCUGCCAAUGCUGAGCGUCUACAGGCUAUCCUGGGCGCUGGUCAUCGCCUCAUUGAAAAAGGUCAGUGUAAGGGCCAAGAAAAUGCCGUUGAGGAGCGAUUGGCUAAGCUCGCCGACCAAUGGGAUGACCUCAUUCGACGCUCGGAGGAGAAGUCCGUGAAACUCCAGGAGGCUAACCGCCAGGCUGCCUACAACGCAGGCGUUAAGGACAUUGAAUUCUGGCUGGGUGAAGUUGAGGCCUCCCUCGCUAGUCCAGACUACGGCAAGGAUUCGGCCUCGGUAGACAGCCUGCUCUCCAAGCACCAGGUGCUCACCACCGACAUCCAGGCUCACGAAGACCGCAUCUCCGAGUUGAACGCCCGCGCCGACGAACUUUACGCUGCCGGCGCCAUCGAUGCCGACACAAUUAAGGAACGCAAACGGGCAAUUAACGAGCGCUACGAGAAGAUUCGCGCCCUCUCCGAGAACCGGGCUAUUACUCUGGGCAAGGCCAAGUGUUUGCACGAUUUCUACCGUAACCUGGAUGACGAAGAGGCGUGGAUUCGAGAGAAGAAAAUUCUGGUUAGCUCCGAGGAUUACGGACGCGAUCUGAUCAGCGUGCGGAACCUCAGGAAGAAGCAUAAGAGACUUGAGACUGAAAUUGCCGCUCACGAGGCUGCGGUGCACCAAGUCGCCCAACAGGGUCAGGAUCUCAUGUGCAAUACGGAGCUCGUUGAUCCUGCCGAAAUCCAAAAGCGGAUUGACCAUCUGAACCAAGCUUGGGAGGAGUUGCAGACCCUAGCAGCUAACCGCCACCGCAAACUGGAUGAGUCGUCAGACUAUCAGGACUUCCUGGAUGCUGUGGAGGAAGAGACCGCGUGGAUACUCGAGAAACAACACCUCCUUUCCUCUGGCGACCACGGUGAUUCCUUGGCUGCCGUUCAGGGCCUUCUCAAGCAACACGACGGCUUUGAGGCCGAUCUAAAGGUUCACCACGACAAGUGUGCGGAAAUCUGCCAGGCGGGCGCCGGUCUGAUAGAGCGCGGUAACCACAACAAACCGGCAAUCGAGCAGAAGUGUGAGGGUCUACGGGAAAAACUCGACGUGCUGAUGCGCAACGCCGAGCGUCGAAAGGCCCUCCUCUGCGACAACUACGCCUUCCUCCAGUUCAUGUGGAAGACCGAUGUGGUGGAGCUGUGGAUUGCCGAUCGCGAAGUGCAGGUUCGCUCGGAGGACUACGGGCGCGACUUGAGCUCCGUUCAGACCCUCCUGACCAAACACGAGACCUUCGACACUGCGCUCGAGUCAUUCCGCACCGAGGGCAUCCAGACUAUCACUAACUUGCACGACCAACUCAUCCAGUCGAAGCACGCCCAGUCACCAGUUAUUCAACAAAGGUUUGAUUCUCUAAUCGGUCGGUGGGAGCGCCUGAAGAGCGAGUCGGAGCGUCGUAAGAACGAGCUGCUGCAGCUGCAGAACCAGUACAAGAAGGUGGAGGAGCUCUACUUGGACUUCGCGAAACGCGCGUCCACGUUCAACUCGUGGUUCGAGAACGCCGAAGAAGACCUCACCGACCCGGUGCGGUGCAACUCCCUGGACGAGAUUCGCGCGCUUGUCGAGGCCCAGGAACAAUUCAAGGCCUCUCUGAAGCCCGCGGAGACUGACUUCCAGCGUCUCCGACAGUUGGAUCAGGAGAUCAAGGAAUAUGGCGUUGGAGCUAAUCCCUACACGUGGUUCACCAUGGAGGCGCUGGAAGACACGUGGCGUAACCUUCAGAAGAUCAUCCAGGAACGUGAUGACGAGCUUAGACGAGAACUUGCUCGCCAGGAGCAGAACGAUCAGCUGCGUCAGGAGUUCGCCUCGGUCGCCAACACCUUCCAUGCCUGGCUGCAGUCUGUUCGAAACUCGCUGAUGGAGAGCUCCGGCACUCUGGAAGAGCAACUAGAAGCCACCCGUGCCAAGUCCGUGGAGAUACGAGCUCGCAAGGUCGAACUCAAGCAAAUCGAGGAUCUGGGUGCUCGUCUGGAGGAACGCCUCAUCCUCGACAACCGCUACACCGAACACAGCACCGUUGGCCUAAGUCAGGCCUGGGAUCAGCUGGAUCAGUUGGUGAUGCGAAUGCAGCACAAUCUGGAGCAGCAGAUCCAGGCUCGCAACGUCUCCGGCGUCAGCGAGGAGGCGCUUCGCGAGUUCUCCAUGAUGUUCAAGCACUUCGACAAGGACAAGUCGGGCCGCCUCGACCACCGCGAGUUCAAGUCGUGUCUGCGUGCCCUCGGCCACGACCUCCAACUGGUGGAGGAGAACCAAGCCGAUCCCGAGUUCGAGGCCAUCCUUGCUGUCGUCGACCCCAACCGCGACGGCUACAUCACGCUGCAGGAGUUUAUGGCCUUCAUGAUUAGCCGGGAGACGGAGAAUGUACAGUCGAGGGACGAGGUCGAGGAGGCGUUCCGUUCACUCACCAAGGACGGAACGAAGGAGUACAUCACGAAGGAGGAACUCUACGCGAACCUUUCGAAGGAGCAGGCGGACUACUGUGCCCAAACGAUGCCUCCCUACUACACGAAGAGUGGUCAGCCCGUCCAAGAUGCCUACGACUACGUGGGCUUCACGCAACAACUCUUCCAGAAGUAG